GGCCGUUGUCGCCGCCUGCUGGAACCACGUGGUCGCGAGCGCAAUCCCAGCGUCGCGAGAGUCGACGAACGACGUCGGUCGCCGGGCGCCGGCCAUCCAUGCCCUCCACCAAGAUGAAGGAGUACAUCAUGCACAAGCUCUUUGAGCUGCCCAGCUACACGCCGAUCCGCGUCUUCCAGCGCCGGUCGACGUCCGCGUCCGUCGGGGAUACGCCGUCGUCCGAAUGGUUUGACCACAUCCUCGACGAAGCGCACCCGCUACCCGAAGGCCUCGUCAUGGUGUCACCCGUCAUGACGCACGCGGCCUUCCAGUCGCCGACGCCGCCGUCACCGCCGGGCACGCCGACGCGGCCGACGCGGUCGUUCUCGCUCGAUACGCACCUCUCGAAAGGCACGCGCUGGGCCGCCGUCAACGGCCUCCAGCAGCGGAUACGUGCGCGGCUCACGUGGACGCGGCGCCGGUCUGCAGACGACGCGUCGCUGCACCAUGACGCGGACAGCGACGAUGACACUGGCGUCAUCGUACCGAGCGUCAUCAUCGAGACCGUGCACGGCGAGAAGCACCAAAAGACAUCAGCGAACGCGUCGACGCUCGAGUUUUACGACGCGACGACGUCGAUCUCGUCGCCGCCGCUGGACGCAAUCUCGGAAGAGGACGACGGGAAGAAGCACAUAACGUUCAGCAUGGCGCCGAUGGUCCGGCACAUGUACUUUGCUGUCGAGAGCUACGAGGAGUGGGUCAUCCGCGUCUCGAACGGGUACGCGAGCUGCGACAGCCGGCCAGCCCACGUCAAGCUCCAUGCGUUCUGCAAUAAGAGCCUCACGUACCUCAAGUACCGCGAGAGUCCGUGUGUCGAGGUCUUUGCCCUGGGCGCCCACGACAUCUCCAUGUGGCGGACCCUUGGUCACCACAACUGGACACGCGACGCGGUGCCGGCGCCGCACGAAGAGAUGAUGCAACAUCAAGACAACGAUGACGCGAUCGAUGAGUACACCAAGGACGGGCGAGCGUCACCGACGAGCCCACUCACGGACGACGAGGAAGAGAACGAUCCGCACAGCUGCAGCGAUCGCGACGACGACGACGAAGACGAUGUUCAGGUGGAGCUCGAGCGCGUGCCGGUGGUGCCCCAGAACACCGACUUGCAGCCGCUCCUUGACGUCAUCAAUGCGACCGUCGGCAAGGGUGACAAGCUCUUCACGCUGGCCGACAUGAUGCACUUUUGCUGCGAACUCGAGUACCCGACCCGAGACGGGCGCGAGGAAGAUGGCUGGUGCUAGGUAAUGUAAUAAACCCUGUUUAUAUUUUACGUGCACUGCGUGUGCCACG